UGCUGUCAAAAGUGACAUCUGAGCCUAUUAUGGCCCAACCCGUUUUCUGCUAGUUUUGAAGCUCCAUUUCGUCUCGUAGAGCGCUUCAGCAUAAACACGCAGAAAAUUUUCCUACCAGCGCGUUUUACGAGUGCUUCCUAGGAAUCGAUAAUCUCGCCCAAACACACACACACAUACAAAAACAUACAUCCAAGAUGCCUACCAUCAAGCUGCAGUCGUCGGACGGGGAGAUUUUCGACACGGACGUACAGAUCGCCAAAUGCUCCGGCACCAUCAAAACGAUGCUGGAGGAUCUGGGCAUGGACGAGGGGGACGAUGAGGUCGUGCCGCUGCCGAACGUCAACUCGGCCAUCCUGCGCAAGGUGCUACAGUGGGCCACCUUCCACAAGGAUGAUCCGAUCCCGGUCGAGGACGACGACAGCAAGGAAAAGCGCACCGAUGACAUCAGCUCGUGGGAUGCCGACUUCCUGAAGGUGGACCAGGGCACCCUGUUCGAGCUGAUCCUGGCCGCGAACUAUCUGGACAUCAAGGGGCUGCUGGACGUGACCUGCAAAACGGUGGCGAACAUGAUCAAGGGCAAAACCCCGGAAGAGAUUCGCAAAACGUUCAACAUCAAGAACGACUUCACGCCGGCCGAGGAGGAGCAGGUCCGCAAGGAGAACGAGUGGUGUGAGGAGAAGUAGUAGUGUGGCGGCGGCGGCGUUUCUUUUGCUUGUUCUGUGCAGGAUUUGCAGCUAUAUCUAUGCGCUCCGGGGUCGGGUGAUUGUGUUUCGUGUCCAAUAAGCAUACGUUAUACCUUCAUGUAGAUCGAUAAUCCAUCUGAUUGGUUAACUAAUUUUUUUGUACCACCAUACUUGAAUUUUUAUUUUACUCGGUUCUAUGAAGUGGAACAUGAAUAAACGCGUUUCUGCUACAUAAAACACAA